UUCGGUGUAGUUGCUCUCCGCAUGUGCUAAUGAAAAAAUCAUCAUCGUUGAGUUGCUUGUCAUGUAGUAGACGUUUUGCACAGAAUCUUGUAGAGUGUCAAAAGUUAGAUAAUAUUCCGUACAAUACGUUGCUGAAGAAGCAACCAGAGCCAAUUGCUCCACCACUCAAUAUCCAAAUCAAUGUCACGGACACGGAGAACAAUCUCAAUGUGUGCAUGUGUGCCUUCUAUGAAGUGCCGGGUGCACUCACGGACUACCAGGAGGGCAACACCAUCUGCCCACGAUGCCGCAAUAUAAUCAGCCAGCAGCCGAUGGAGCACAGGCGUGCCCUCAUUUCGCAGCGACUCACGCUGGCCAACGAUGUGAUCGUCAAUAGGAUAGACACACAGCUCCUCAAUACGUUCAGCAGUGCAGCGAUGGGGGUUCGACCGGAUCCUUACACGCCCGAGAGCGCAGAGUCGCGAUCGCCAGUGAUCGAUCGCAGUGCGCCGGAGUAUGAGGAGGCUACAGUGAAAGCGCUGGCCAGGAGCGACGGGAUGCCAUGUGAUCAGGGAAGUGUCACGAGUGGUGGAGUCAAUCCAAAUCAGCUGAAAUCUCGCCUCGAGAGAUUGCAGCAGAAGAGUCGUAGUGACGAUGACUGCGAUAGUUUUCUCCAAAGACAAAAUAAUUGCUGCUCUUGUAUUAUCACUUGAUCUUUUCCCUUUAUCACUUAAUUUUUUUUUAUUGACUUAUCCUCUGUAUAUAAGUGCACGCCCAAGAUUGUGAUGAUUGCGAUUCAAAGACUUAUCACACUCUUGGGUGCACCUGCAUCACUUUAUCUGUUCAUUUUCUAAUUUUAGCCUUAUUAUGGUUUAUUAUUUUCAAGUUCCAAAUAGCAGAUCUUGCAAGUGUUUUCGAUGGUAUUUGCUAAAUAUUGUUCCACCACAAAUUUCAGCACUUGAGUCAAUGGUUAAUGUUUUACUUCCUCUUUAUUUUAUUUCUAAAUGGAUUUUCGUUUAAACUCAUAGAGAGCAUCAUCACACCCAAUGUUGCUUGAGUCAUCUGCAUUUCCCUCAAUGUUGUCGUAGAUUGCUGGAAAUGGAAGAUAAGUGACAGUGGGAGUGCCAUAUGAUUUUGCUCUGGUGAUCAUGAAAAUAAAAAAAAAAGAUGAAUUAUUAGAGUGCAUUUGGAAUGCAUGGCAUUUUAACUCGAAUCAAUGUGUCUAAUUUCGUUAAAUUUAGUGCUGAUGAAUAGCGUCUAAAUGUGGUUUUAUAAUCUCAUAUCUCUCUCUAUCCCUUUGUGCUCUCGCAAAAAACCAAAAUAUUGUCACAGGA